AUAUAUCAGCAUCCCGCCUCGGUUGUGUUCAUACAUUUGACGCAAUACCACCGCGUCAGGUUAAAGCGAAAAUAGCGUCGUCUUAUAUCGCGUCGCAUGUCACGGGUUGCCGCUUGAAUUUGAGUCUCCACGUCGCAGGAUUGUCGAGUCCUUACGCCGAUUCAAAAGAUUCAAUCUUUCUAGAGAAGGUACACAUCAAAGAGAAGCGGCCAUCGAGGAAAUGUGGCGUGAAUAGAACAGUGGCGUGUGUCAUGCAUGGAGAAACAGACGACGGCAAAGCAUAAACAUUAUAACACAUUCUUAUGUGAUUAGACGCCCUCACAGGGUCUUGGCAUGUCACGUUAGCAUUGAACUGCAAUAUUUACAAAGAAAAUCCACAGUUCACUGUGACCUGUACCUGUUUUAGAAUUGAAGAAUAACAUCGAUAUCAAAGCAAAACAAAGAAUAACUUGAUCGCACACAAUUCGUGAUUGGUAAUAGCUGAAAUAUUGGCCCUCUCCGAGUGACGUUGUGCUCCUAUAUAAGCGAUCACUUUCUGUCGGCGGACAGUUAUAACUAAGAGGAAAGAGUGAUCUUGCUUUCAACACUCAAAGGGGCUAAAAUGGGUUUCGACAUUGAAAGGUUUACCGGAAAAGUCAACGAAGGGCUUCUGUGUUCCAUCUGCCGCGACGUUCUGGAAGAACCAUUACAAGCCCCGUGCGAGCAUGCGUUUUGUUCAACUUGUAUUCACGCGUGGCUCACACAUUAUAACACUUGCCCAGAAGACCGUUUACCGCUAUGGCCGAGCGACUUGAAGCCGAUUUUCAGGUACAUGAAAAAUGAUUUGGAUGCGCUCAAAAUAAGAUGCGACAACGAAGUGCGAGGUUGUAAGGCUUUGGUGCGUUUAGAUGCGCUUAAAACGCAUUCGAAGGAGGAGUGUGGUUUUGUUUUGGUUCGGUGUCCAAACGAAGGUUGUAACGAGGAACUCACUAGACGCGAUUUGGAGGCGCACUCUAAGACGUGCAAAUUUCAGUCGGCCGAAUGCAGUAAAGGAUGUGGCCUAAAAGUGAGCAAAAGUGAAGAAUCCGGACACAACUGUAUAGCAGAACUGCGCAAAGCCUUGGCUAAACAACAGCAGGAAAGCGACGCUAAGGUUCGUGAGCUUAAAAAGGAGAUGGAGACGCGACUUGAUUCACAUCGCGUUCACAUGGUGUACAAGGAAGCCACGCUUCAAAAUCAAAUCGAGGAUUUGAAAUCUCAAGUGGCGGAGCUGAUCCGUGAGACCAAAUCGCUGAAAGCGCAAAAGAGAGAAGAGCUUCACAGUGAGGAUCCCGAAAGGAAAGAGAUCCUGGAAUGGUUAAGAAGCUUGAAAUAUCAAGACGAAAUUGCGGAGCGAUAUUGCAGCAGUUGUAACAAGCGGUAUCUCUAUGUAAGGAAGGAUGCAAUACACUGCUUGAAUGAUCAGGUUAACCUGAGCCGCUCGUCCUCAACUGAAGAAGACGCCAUUCUCAGCCACAUCCGAAGCUCCCGCGGGACAAAGCCUCGAAGUUGGUGCCCAAGUCCCGUAGGUGCGGGUCAAGCCGCGGUUUUACCUCGCUCUCAAAGCGAGGAGUCCUCGUUGAACAGAGCUGUUUUGGAAUCAUGGCGUCGAACGCCUGAUGUUUCCACUUCACCAUGUACAAACUGAAACGCUUCCAAGAACAAAGAACUCCAGAUGAAGAGGAAAACUUAGAUUUCCAUUUACCAUCAUAAAGAAUUGAUGUUUCCUGCUUUAACUUAAAAUUUGUGUUGGAGAUAAAGAGGAUAUUCCCUUUUCAGAAACAGUUUCCAUAUAUUAAAUAUCGUACUUCUAAAAGAGAGGUUAACCCGUAAUGCACACACUUGAAUUUUUACUCUGAAACAACGUUAAUAUUAGAUCCUGCAACGUGUCCUAAAUGCCUUUGUCCCGAGUAUUUUUACCAGCACAAGCGGUUCUUGUGAAACUAGCAAAGAGGAGCUACAGAUGUCCAAGGCUUUUGUGUAGUUCGAAAGUUACACAUUUAUCGCAAAAAGGAGAGAAAGAUAUGAUCUUAAAUACUACUUAAAAGUAUGGCACAGCCUCCUGAAACGACUUCGCUUAAAACUCCCCAGCCAAGAUAAAUAUGGACACUGGUAUCAAGUUUCGAAAAUUUAAUGUAAAAUUGAAACGAAUUUUGAUGGUACAAACAAAUCUAAUGGUUUCCUAGGUCUAUUUAAUCUAACUUAAAUGGUUUUGUAAUGCCACAAUCUCUACGAUAAGCUUAACUUUAACAUCAACUGAAAUA